AUGUGCUUCGUAACUUCCGGGCCUGAAGCCCGUCACGACAAUCCAGAUCGGGUCUGCCUUCGCGAUGAUGUUGAGGGACUGCGACGGGAGCGACGUCCGUGCACCCGGCACCUCGACACGGCACCCGGCACCUCGACGCGGCACCCGGCACCUCGACACGGCACCCGGUACCUCGACGCGGCACCCGGCACCUCGACGCGGCACCCGGCACCUCGACGCGGCACCCGGCACCUCGACACGUUCGAGAGAGAUGCACGUCACGGAGAGGAGGAGAAGGGGUGGUUGGAGGAGAGAUAUGUGUUGAAGGAUGACUCAAACGGAAACUGCCAUUCCCCGCUUCGCAUGAGUCAGGGCUUUGGCUCCUGGCUCCAUGGCAGCAGGUUUCAGAGGGUGUUCAAGGAGUCCUCCAAGGAUGUGCCAUACGGUCUUAUGUGGAUGAGACCCACAGUGACGUUGCCGAUCCCAUCGAGGAGCGAGAGAGCAGGGUUCCGGCGGUGUUUACGCGUACUCGUUAGGAUACUCAUUGUUCUCUUGGCGCUGGUAUUCGUGAUGGACACUGUCCCAUUUGUAUGGACGGCGACCAAGUCUUCCGCGCUGCGUCCGACGGAGACGGACUGGAAGUUGGAGAGGCUGAUGGCCGCGUUCCCACGCCUGACAACGGACGAGAGCGGGGACUAUGCGGUCUUGCAGGACGCGGCCGUGGCGGACGGCGCGGUCGGCCGGGAUGACGUCACUUGGGUCACGCAGUGCUCCGUGGAUCAUCUGCAUCGGGUCGCACCGCUCGCGACGGCUUGGAAGGGGCCGAUUUCCCAGGCGGUGUUCACGUCGACGCCGGCCAACGCGAACGCGACUUUGCGCGUGAUCGAGUGCCUCCGAGAGAUGCACCCGGACGUCUCGGAGAACGUGACUUUUCACCUCGUUUUCCCCGUCCGACUGACGGCGGACGAGCCGGACGUCCAGACGCAAGCCUUCGAGGAGAAGCUCCCGUGCCGAUCGGUCCUAACUGCGAUGGCAGGGGCACAGAACGCGAGGACGAACUUCGCCCGUCGGGACGUGGAGUACCCGCCGAAUCUGCUGAGGAACGUGGGUCGGAGGGCGGCAAGGACCGAGUUCGUGUUUGUAGUGGAUGCGGAUUUUCUUCCCGAUCUGGGCAUGAGGAAGGAUUUCCUCCGAUUCGCGAAACGAGAACGCCUCUUCUCUCCGGAAGCGGGGAGGCAGAAGAUCGCCUACGUCGUUCCUGCGUUCGAGGCGAGGGAGGUAGUUGCCAUUCCGAGAAACAAGACGAAACUCCUCGAUCUCUGGGACGGAGGUCUCGUCCGACCCUUCUACGCCGACAUUUCGUCGCUCAUGCAGGUUGAGAGACACACCCAGACCUUCCUCAUAGUCCUCCCCCCGAGUGCUUCCUCCCCUCACGCGUAUUUUCAGGGACCGACGAACUACCAGAGGUGGAGACGACUCCCUCCCACAGAGGGGAUCGCUAUCGCGUCCGAUAUCCAGUGGCAGUCCUUGUACGAGCCCUUCAUCUACGAACUGCACGUGGCCGGGUACGAGUUCUCUGCCCUGGACAACGCCUUCGUGAUGCACGACGGAUUCAGAGUGGGCAGUUACUUCAAGACCCGCAAGAGGUUGGUUGACCUGAAGGCGAACGCGGUGCGGAACCGCGCAUUUCGCUCGCAGAUCUCCAGAAAGUACAAUGAAUCGUCGAUGAAGAGCGAGUCGUGGUUCCUGCAUUCGCUGGAGUUCGCGCACGUGCUCCUCGGGACGAUCCUCUGA